UUGAUUUUUAGGUUAGGUAUAUUAGGUUAAAAUCAGCUGUUGAUCUAUUUUCAGCUGUUGGGCUUAAUUGAUUUACUGAUUAGAAAAAUAGCAGGGGGAAAUAAAGUUGAUACUAGUCCUUGGGACUGCAAGGGACUACGAUCUAAAGUGAAUAUACAGCUGUCCCUUAAACCACAUUGAAAGAUGAACUUUAACUCUACACCCCUUACCUCAAAGGAUUUAAAUUCGUUCAUUAAAAGAUGAAAUUAUGAGAAUCGUUUGGAACAAUGGAACAUAUCGUAUGAUUUUCAAUAAUUUACCGAACUUCAGUGGAACCUUUUGUCGGUAUUUUUUGGCAAAAUUCCACAUUUGUAGAGUAUUGUGUUUCGCAAGAGAUUGUGAAAGUGCCUUGAUACAAAAAGCCAGUAAACUAAAAAUAAGAAUGUCUGAGGAGGAGCAAAAUAAUAGGGCUAUUAAUAGUGCAGUUUCUAUUGGUACUCAGUGUGGAGACGGUCUUUCGUAUUCAGAGGAUAUUGUGGUGUUAUCUCAUUGUCUGUCACCAAUUAGAGCUAACACUGAUGUUUCCAUUCCACAUCAGGCUUUGAUGGAAUCAAAUGAGAUGAAGUGUUGUGAAGAACAAGAAUUAACUAAAAAUUGUGCUGAGAAGAGGAGAGCAGAUGAAGAAUUGACUAAAAAAGACUUGAAGAAAGCUAAACUAGAGACAAAAGCUCUAAAAGCUAAACGUCCAGGGUUCACUGAUGAUCGCUAUGAUGAAACAUCAUAUUAUUUCGAGAAUGGCUUACGUAAAGUGUAUCCGUAUUAUUUCACAUUCACCACAUUUACCAAAGGCAGGUGGGUCGGUGAAAAAAUUCUUGAUGUGUUUGCCAGAGAGUUCAGGGCCCAUCCAGCAACGGAAUAUGAGAGGUGCAUCCAAUCAGGAAGUCUAACUGUAAAUUAUAAAAAAGUAUCAACUGACUACGAGUUGAAACAUAAUGAUCUUUUAGCUAAUAUUGUACACAGACAUGAAGUGCCUGUUACAAGUCAACCAGUAACAAUAAUCUUUAUGGAUGAAGAUCUAGUUGUAGUGAACAAACCUGCUUCCAUACCAGUUCAUCCAUGUGGAAGAUAUAGACACAAUACCAUAGUGUUUAUUCUCGCCAAGGAGUACAAUUUGAAAAAUCUAAGGACCAUACACAGGUUAGACAGGCUUACUAGUGGUCUCUUAAUGUUUGGGCGUUCCCCCAAAAAGGCGAGAGAGAUGGAACAUCAGAUCCGAAAUAGGAUUGUUCAGAAAGAUUACGUUUGUAAAGUAGAAGGGGAAUUUCCUAAAGAAUCGAUUGAGUGCAGUGAGCCCAUAGAAGUUAUCAGUUAUAAAAUAGGUGUGUGUAAAGUGUCACCGAACGGAAAAACCUGCAGCACAUUUUUCGAGCGAUUAGGGUUUGACGGUAAAAAUAGUAUUGUUUUAUGUCGUCCUAAAACAGGUAGAAUGCAUCAGAUCCGAGUGCAUCUUCAGUAUUUAGGAUAUCCAAUAAUUAAUGAUCCCCUCUACAAUCACCCUGUAUUCGGACCACUGAAAGGUAAAGGAGGUGAUUUGGGCGGUAAAACAAACGAGGAGUUGAUACAAGAUUUGAUUCACAUUCACAACGCUGAAAACUGGUUGGGUGUUGAUGGCGAUGUUGAUUUAACGAUGUUCAACGCACAAAAGGACCUGGAUAAAACUCAGGUGGAACUAACUUUGCCUGAAAACGACCAAACCGUCAAUGAUACUUCCGUGACAGUUUCAAGUGAGUCUGAGAUGACAUGCAAUAAGCAAUCUAAAAUGACACAAACUGGGCAUGAAGUCCCCGAUUCUAUGUUUAACCCUGAGAAGAUGACCGCAGAUGAGCAUUGUUAUGAAUGUAAAGUGAACUAUAGGGAUCCCAAGCCACAGGAUCUUAUCAUGUAUUUGCACGCUUGGUCUUAUAAGGGUUCAGACUGGGAGUACAGAACGCCUCUACCAGAUUGGGCGAAAACCGAAUGGUCAAAUCCUUUGCAUAAUAAUUCAUAACAUAACGAUACCUGUCCAUCCUACACGUUUUUCAGGAAUGCAAAGCAAUUUAAAAAGACAUUUUCAAUUCUACCUCACUGUUGAAUUAAAAUCAGUAUUUCUCAAAAUAUGUUUCAUGACGUCAUCAAAAAUUUCUUUUAUUUACCAGACUUUACAAAAAAUUUAUGUGAAAUCAAUUGUACUUUUAUUUUAUUAGGUUCCUAUUGGAAAAACUUGAGAAACGCUGAUACAAAUUAGAUGAUGAAUCAUCUAUGAAUGAACCUGUGAUCAUAACUCUGCUGAACAUCAAAUUAGUCAAUAUUAGUUGAAAUUUUAUUUGAAUUUUGUAACGAGUGGACUCAAUAAAUAUUUGAAAUUC